AUGCCCUCCAACUUCACCAUCCGCCCACCCCCGGACGCCGCCGCCCAAGCGGCCGCCUACCAAGCCCUCGAGCAGGAGGAGUACGAGGAGGCCCAGCCGCCAGGGACCACGCCCCCCGCCUCUCCCGCCCCAACCACAACCACAACCUCAACCACAACCGAGGAAGCUCUAACCCGCCCGCUCACCAACGACGAGCUCACGCCGCUCUCGAUCGCCAUCAAGCGGACGCAGGCGGCCCGAGCCCGCCUGGCGACGGCGCACGAAGGGUGGGUGCUCGCGGCGCGGGCGCUCCUGCUGGCGGGCCUGCUCCGCCCGCGCCCGCCCCCCCGGGCCCGGGCCCGGCAGCCUAGCGGCGACGGCGUGCGGGGGGAGGGGGAGCAGGGCGGCGGCGAGCAGCUGGACGCGCGGGGCGAGAUGCAGGCGUUCGGCGACGCCAUCUGCGGGCGGUACGCGGCGGCGUCGUUCCUGUCGCGGGUGCUGGUGGACAUGGAGCCGGCGGACUGGUUCGGGCGCGGGCGGCGGUUCGACGACACGCUCCGGCGGCUUAAGACGCUCAAGGGCCUGGAGGCGAGCCUGGUCUGCUGGGAGGAGGUGCUGCUGCGGCUGAUGGAUUUUGCGGAGGGCUUGGGCGGCGGCGCGGGGGGGAAGGAGGAGGAGGAGGAGGGAAAGAAACAGGGGAAGGGGGUGGGUCAGGAUCUUGAAGAGGAGUUGAGGAGGGUGUUGAUCAGGUGGCGGAGGGGCGUGCCUAGUAGGCCGUAG